ACUGCCAGGCAGAGUCGGAGGGAAAACUCUAGGCGUGCUUUUAACAAAAUCUGUCAGAAAAAUGUCUGGUCGAUCCGCGCGAGCCGAGACGCGGAGUCGCGCAAAAGAUGACAUUAAAAAGGUGAUGGCUGCCAUCGAUAGAGUCCGGAGAUGGGAGAAGAAAUGGGUGACUGUUGGAGACACCUCGCUGAAAAUAUUCAAAUGGGUUCCAGUGUCCGACACCAAACAGGUAUUUAAAAAGAAAGGCCGCAGUCCAGCAGUAAAAGAUUUAAAAGGGUUCCCAUCUGACGUUCUGGAAAAUGCUCGCUCCGUUCUCCUAGACUUUCAAGAUGACAACAGCAACCAGAGUUUCUUAUCUGAUGCCUACCAGACGAGUACUAAAGUGGGCAGCAGCACCAGCUCCAGUCCCCAGCAGGCCAGUGGGGCCGUGAGCCCCUCUCAGCCUUCCUUCUUCCGGCCGGAGGACUCCCAGCCCCCCACCCUCGGCCAGGAGACCAUGGAGGGUGAGCCGCUUCCAUUUGCCAAGUCAGCUUUACCAGGCUGUGGGGCAACGGAUGAGCCUCCAACUUUAAUCAAGGAGGAACUUCGACCCCUGGCCUCUUUGGACAAAGAGGAGGCCUCACCACAGAAGAGACCUGUCACUGUACCGAAAUCGCUGCAGAGCUAGCACAUAAAGUGCACUUCACUUACUGUCCUGUAGGUGUCAGUUGAGCCACUGAUCAUACAGUACAUAAAAAACAUACAUAUAGACAUUACAAUACAAUCCAUACAUGCAUGCAGUACAUACGUACAUACAGAUUAACAUUUUCUUUACAUUCUGUACAUAACAGAACUGCAUAACCGGCUUUUACUUUUAGCUUUUUACAUUACAGCAUAUCACCUGCGACGGAAAAUUAAGUUUUAAGGGUGUUGAGAAAUUCAAACACUUUAAGUAACAAAACUUUGUGACUGUAAAAGGUAA